AUCGAUGAACCUGAGAACGGCACAUAAGAAUGCCUGAUAAUAUAUUAUUAUUGCGCGGGCGCGGGUCAAUAAUCGGGCACGUUGCCUGGCGACGGUGCUCCUGCUCUCUCUCAGCCUCCGGAAUUUCUUCUUCAACGGACUAGUCCUGCAGCUGCGAGCUGCAACGCGCAGAAGUCCAGCAACCUUCAAUACAUCGCCAUCGGAUCGGUUUCAUCUUACUCUGGCUUGAACACUCGCCGCUCCUUGUUCGAUGGUUGUUCGGCAGCUAUGUGGAGGAAAAGCAGGCAACAACUAGCGAACUCGCAGCUCUGUGAAGAUGGCAAAAGUGAAUGUGACGAACACGAUAAACUGACAUUUCCAAGAUGUACGAUGGAAAAUACGUUUGAAAGAGUAUGUGGGUUCAAACUGGACGAUCUUGCCUCUUUCGAUAGAUUCACGGCGCUUUUGUACCGACCAACCGAUCCCACUAGUUUGGGGGUUGUUAGAGCACUUUUCGGAUUGUGUAUGGUAUUGGAUGUCGUUGAGGAACGAGGACUGGCAGACAUCGACAUAAAAUGGGGAGAUCCUAUGGAGUGUCAUUUCCCAUUAAUUCACGGAAUGAAGGCCCCCACGUUGCCAUGGAUGAUACUAAUUUACACGAUAAUGUGGAUAGGCGCAUUUGGAAUCAUGCUUGGUUCACGGUUCAAACUAGCUUGCGCCUGUUUCGCGAUUCCGUAUUGGUACAUCUUUCUCCUGGAUAAAAGUUACUGGAACAACCACACGUAUCUGUAUGGGAUCGUUGCUAUUCUCUUCUGGGGUACGGAGGCUAACAAGUACUUUGCGUUGGAUGCUAUGAAGAUGAAAGGAACCGUGCCACUGUGGAACUAUUUCAUCCUAAAGUUCCAAUUUUUUGCGCUGUACUUUAUAGCUGGAUUGAAAAAAUCCAGCGUAGAAUGGCUGUCAGGGUAUGCCAUGAUGAACUUAUCACGACACUGGGUCUUCAGUCCAUUCAAAUUAUUUUUAACCAUGGAACAGACUGAUUUUUUUAUAGUUCACUGGUUUGCAUUUAUCUUUGACCUCACGGUUGGAUUUUGGAUGCUGUUCGAUAAAACUCGUAUCCCUGCGAUGGUUCUUUGUACAGCUUUCCACCUAAUGAACUCCAGAUUGUUCAACAUCGGAAUGUUUCCAUACGUGUGCCUCGCAACGAUGCCGCUGUUUUGCAAGCCGAAUUGGCCUCGAAGGCUCGCGACAUUCGUCAAACGUACCUGUGCCCGUUCGUUCUCAAAGAGAAAUCGUCAGGAAAUAAGAAACUGUAAGAAAAUCGCGAUAGAACGAGCGAAAGAGUCGCGCGACGAGAUAAAUAGUCGAACUGACAACGGGUCGUCGAUCGAUGACGGACGCGAAGAAGGUACAGACUCGAUAAACUCUACAAUUACUUGUAAAUCUGUGGAGGCAGGCAAAUCGACUAGAGUGACGAAGAAGCAAAAGUUCGUAGUUUCUCUAUUACUAUUCCAUGUAUUCUUGCAGUUUUUCUUACCGUACUCUCAUUUUAUCACGCAGGGUUACAAUAACUGGGUGCCAGGAAUGUACGGAUACUCUUGGGACAUGAUGGUCCACGUUUGGGACACUGUGCUCGUUGUAAUUAGAAUUCACGACAACGUGAGCAACGAGGAUCGUUAUCUGGACCCUACAGCGUGGGUGCAAACCAAUCGAUGGGAGAAACACGGCGACAUGGCCGUGCAGUAUGCCUCCUGUUUAAGAGAUAAUUUAAUUAAACAGGAAAACGAGAUUUUCGAGAGCGACUUUCGACGCGGAACAAGCGACAAGCGAAAAUGGUCACGGCUGUCGUCGAACUUGAGCAUCUACAUCGACGUGUGGUGUUCGUUGAACGGAAGAUUCCAACAGAGGAUGUUUAAUCCGAAUGUUGACUUGCUGACGGUAGAUUGGCACCCGUUUAAGCCCGUUUCCUUUUUGAUGCCACUCCUCUCGGAAUAUAAUUCCUACAGAUACAAAUUGGACGAGAUACAGCAGCACGUAUACACCUGGUCGAACGACACGGACGUCCUUUUCGUCGCCGAUUUCCCAGGCAUGCAUCUGGACAAUUACAUCUCGAACAACUUCACCAACGUCACGCUAACUGUUCUCGAAGGCGAAGUAACGUACAGUGACGAGAGGCGAAGAUACGACAUCGUGCUUUCGAAAGGCUCGUCGAUUCCGAUAGAAACGGAACAGUUUCACAAAGUAACGACCACCAGCGCUUAUCCAGCUUGCUACAUGUACACAUGUACCAGUCGAAAUAAAGAGCAGCCAGAAACGGAAGGCGCGACGGAGCCCGAAGAGCCGAGAGAGGCAUUUCCAAUCGCGAAAGAAAUUGGUUACAAGAUCGAUGGUUGGAUAAGAGCGUUUCAUCACAUAGCGGACGCGUUUUUUUACCUGGUGUACGAUGUUCCCAUGGUGCGAAGAGUGCAGAUCGAUAAAUGAACGAUAAAUUCUUGAGACUCGAGUGAUUGAUCUUGCGAUAUGGAUCUUCGUUUCUGUACGAACGAUUGUUUUUUUUUUUUCUUUUUUUCUUUCUUAGAAAUUCUUAGAUCAAACCUUUCUGACCUGAGAUAAAAUUGUGAUAUUGAUCCUCAGUGAAUAGGGUUAUUAUUUCGCCUCGGUUAAAAUAGAUAAAAUAGAUAUAAGUGUCCAAAGAGUAUUUGUUACCGAUUAUCAGUUAUUGUAAAUUAUAUAUAUAUAUAUAUAUAUAUAUCAUAACUAAUGGAAGAUGUAAUGAUUUUUCACGUUCGAAAAGAUAAUGUCAUAAGAUCACUGCCACGACGAGCUUCGAAGCUGAGACAGUCUAUUAUUAAUUCUUAAUAAAAAGAUAGUCGACAAAGUGGAAGACUUAGUGAUCAUAAGUGUGUCAACUGAUCUACGCCUGUGUAGGAGCGAUUCACAGCGGUUCUAAUAAUACGCUCGAAUCGGUUCUUUCCUGUUCACGGCCUGCGCGCAAAAUGCAAUUGAAAAACCGCGACGCGAAAACUAACCUCGACGACGUCGAACUUUGCGAUCGUGCAGACUACAAAUG